GAUAUUGAGGUUAUGUUAUGGUUAAGCUGCUUUGAUUUUGUUUUCAAGAUUGUCAGUGGUGAAUUAAUAGCAGAGCAUUUUUUUAAAAUUCUUUAUUUUAAAAAGUAAAAGUUACUUUAUACCUUAAUCAUGGUUAAUAAAACUUAUGUUUAUCAAUUUUGUUAACUGGAAGAGGUACAAAAUUACACUUGAGUUACCUGGAAAAAUAAUUUAGUUGACAAAUUUGUGUGAUGAUUAGGAUUAGGCAUACACAUUAUUUAUUGUUUCUAACUUUAAUUGCUGUGUUUUUAAAAUAUUCUUCCGGACAGUUCUGCACUAAAGAUGGAGAAUGUUCAGAUAAAUCAUCUCUUCUAUCUAGGUACAUCCUCUAUGAUGUUAAUAGACCCGAAGGAUUCAACUUGAGACGUGAUGUUUACAUGAGAUUGGCCAUUUUUGUACGAGAAUAUGCAAAAACUUUUCAUCAAGAUGCUCACUUGGUCCUUCCUCCCUGGGACUCGCUCUAUCAUUGGCAAACUCCUGAAGAAGAGAUUGGCAAUCAAAAACAGUUAUUUUGGGACAAUUUCUUUGAUGUGCCCAGCAUGAAAGAAUUUGCUCCGGUUUUAGAAAUGCAUGAAUUUCUUGAAGGUGUGAAGCAAUUCAAGGUAGAUGAAGUUUUCAUUUUGCAACAUUACAAAGAUCUGUUUGAAUCGAAAGAUGGCCUGAUCGACUGGAAACCAAGAUGGAAGAAAACUUCAUGCAAUCAGCCAGAUUCAUCACGGAAGUUUCGGAAAAUCAAAGAUGAUGAAUAUGAAGUGAAUUUGUGGGGCUACAAAAAUAUAACUGCCAAAAAUGUUCAUUGUAUAUCUUUCCAAGGCGAGGCAUCUCUUAUAGCUGAGUUACUCGACUUUUACAGACCAAGGAUUGCUGUAAUUGAUCACGCAGAAGUAGCGCUUCACCAUAAUUUCGGAGGACCCACCUACUGGAAGAGUAGAAGAAGUAUGCGCUUUAACAAGCAGCUCGUCAAAUUGGCAACUGAUUCUAGGAACGAGUUUUUGAAUUCAAACGAUAUCACGGAUAAAACAUCAAGACCUGACGAUUGGAAGCAAGAAAAGGAGCAAAGAGAUGCCAUUGGUGGACCUUACUUGGCUGUACACUUGAGGCGGAAAGAUUUUCUAAUUGGAAGAAGAGACAAAGUACCAACAUUAGAAGAAGCCGCUAAACAAAUAAAAAAACUACUUGAAAAACUAAAUUUGAACACAGUGUUUGUUGCAACUGAUUCUCCCACCUUGGAAUUCUUGGAAUUGAAAAAACGCCUGAUCGAGUACUCAGUACUUCGCUACGAACCCUCGAAACAAGUUAAACUCCUGCAUAAAGAUGGCGGAAUUGCAAUCAUCGAUCAAAUCAUUUGCUCUCAUGCCAGAUAUUUCAUUGGGUCACAAGAUUCGACGUUCUCAUUUCGAAUUCAAGAGGAACGAGAGAUUCUCGGCUUCGAUCCAGAUUCAACGUUCAAUGGUUUCUGUGUGGACAGUGAAACGAAGUGUGAACAGCCCUCCCGAUGGAAAAUAAUUUACUGAAAACUACUCUCAACCGUUCACAAUUCACAGUAAAUAACCGUUCACUCGUUUUUUCUUCCUCCUCCUGUUAUCAAGAGGAUAUUGUCCAAACUUCGCCACGUCAACAAGUAGAAAUUUUUCUAAUAUUAGUUUAAUGUGUAUUUUACUUGAAUGCAUUUAUUUAUGUUAUCUGUGAUAAUAGGGUAAUACGUAAAAAAUGAGGUGAUACUCAAGUAAAAUUAGCUAUAUAAAUUUUCUACAUCUCAAAUAAUUUUUCAAUUGUGUAUGCUUGUUAUGUGACAUGAUUAGAGCUUGAGUUUUACUAACUUAUAUUUUUGUCAAUUCAAGUGGUAUGUAAGCUCCAUUGAGCUUAAUGCUAAGCUUAAGGUAUGUUAUCUAAUGUAAGGGUGUCAUUUAUAUGUGCCAUUUCUCAAAUGUGCGAGUAUUUCAAAAUUUCGUUAUUUGUGUAAUUAUUUGUUAUUUGUAUUAUGAUCUAAAAUGAUCGAAACAUUUCCAAUAAUAUUGUCAUUUAAAAGCGAAAA